UCCAUACAAAUUCGUGUGUUUAGUGCUUGCCUGUGCUUUACAUAAAUACGCCUGUAUUUUUGUCAUUCUAUGUUUUUAACUCAUCGCAAACUGACGGUCCAAAAUGGGGCUCCGUAGUAUCAGUAUGUCUUUGACUAUAAAUUUAGUUAUGUUGGCACACUAAUUGAGAUUGUUUAUUAAUUCAAAAGCACCACAUUGAAUAUUAUAAAUAAUAGGCUAUAAUUGGAUUGAGGCACAGAUUUCACCCACAUGGAGACUUCUGACCUUUCAUGUUUUGGGAUUGUGGGGGAAACCGGAGACCUGCAGAAACUUAUUGUGGGUUUAUUAUUUGUAAUUAGUGAAACCCUAAUUCAUCACAAAUAUGAUGAGUAUGUCAGGCUGGUAUGAAAACGAUAUAUGAUAGAGCUGCAUUGUCCUUUAGGACAAUGUAAAGUGAGGCUAUUCUUUUAAUAAUCUGUUGUUGUCUCCCUCUAUGCCAUCAAAUAUAAUUAAACCCCUAGUGGAAGUGUUUGCUGAUGUGCAGUGAUUGUCCUCAUGUAUGGCCUCCUGUUUGACUGUGCGAUGGGUCAAAGCCCUGCAAGUAAUUACUGCUCUGUUGUGAUAUUUAACAAUAUAAUGAAUGCAGAGAUCUUUAAAAAUCUCAUUAUCUAUAGUCCUACUAACAAGACAAGCUUACACAAAAUAUGAGAUCAAAUUUAAUAGGCUAUAGAUGGUUCAGAUAUGAGCUGGGACUAUUUUGUUUGCCUUACGUAACAACAUUUGUGUCAUAUUCAAAGAGCUGUGACCCUUUAAAAGAGCCAAAUGUCCUUGUUUCCCUCAAAAACUAUAAAGUCACAGCUGAAGUUUGUGGGAAGCUGACCUGGGAGUUUUUUCAGCAUUUGCUAGCAAAGGUAAACGUUUAUCAGUUUUACGUUCUUAUAAAAAUGGAUAUAGCUAAAAGAAUGUGUAAGUGCUUAUUUUUGUUGUUGUUUGUAGGAGAUGAAAUGGUUCUUCGGCACAGGAUCUCUUUGUUGCUGCUGCUUCUUUGUUCAUCUCCACUUGUGUUCGCUGCUGGUAACUCCACAGAGGCUGCUUGUGAUCGCCGUUGUCUGGCAAAUACUCGGGUUUCUAAAGAACUGUUCAGCGCACCACAGAACGACAACUGUACCAUCCUAGUAAACAUCACUUCCAUACAAUAUGAGACAUUGUCUUUUGAUACAAAGGUCAUGCAAAUGACUAGCCGUAUCAAGUUAAACAUGGAAUGGAAGGAUCCUGAUCUUGGAUGGAUGCAAGAGAGAUCUAGAUAUCCAACAAUUGUUUUACCUGUUGAUAAAAUCUGGAUUCCUGGGAUAGUUUUGGACAAUGCAAUAGAAACGACGGUGGAGCCGUACACUAAGGACGUACAGGUGAGGAGGGAUGGAACUGUGAACCAUGCAGUGGUUUUGUUCACGAUGGUGAGCUGUGAAAUCAACCUAUUCAGCUACCCCUUUGUGAAAGGAGAAUGUCCUGUGGCCAUCAAUGGAUGGAGCCAGAAAUCUUGUGCGCUCAAACUCCAGAUCGCUGAUCAUGUGUCUUUGGUUGGCGGUAAUCGAGGAGAAUGGCAGACUACGAACGUGAUCAAAACUGUGGAUUCAUCAGAUCGCGUUUAUCUCCAAGUCGCUCUGUCUAUUAACUUCUUCGGUGCGUUUGUGACCCUGAUCCUGCCCAGUGCACUCAUAAUGCUGGCUGACCUGGUGAGCUUUGCUCUGCCAUUUGAAGGAGGAGAACGCAACUCUUUCAAGGUCACCUUGGUCCUGAGCUUCACCAUGUUUCUCCUUAUCCUCAAUGAUCACCUGCCUAACGGUGGCAACUGCAGCCCUCUCCUCCACUAUCACUUCAGUUUCUGUCUGGUCUGUCUGGUCCUGAGUAUGCUGAUUUCCAUAGUGCUGACACGUCUGUCUGUAGAGGACAGCAUCCUGCUGUGUAGACGAUCCGCCAAGGUUCAUCCAUCAACCAACAGCAAUACACAACAUGACAGCCUGGAUCAGGAGAAAGAUACAGGUGCGAUUACAACAAAGUCUGGUGAUCUGGCUUCAGAGAUGGCUUCACUCCAGAAAAUAGUAAACCUUUUGGAGAACUUCGAUAAAGGAGAAAAGGAGACAGAGCGUAAAGUGGCCUUUGCCUACCGCCUAGACAAAUUCUUCUUUGGCUUUUUUCUAAGCAUCUACAUACUUUAUGUCAUAAUUAUUAUUAGUAUCACCCAAACAGAUAUUUGUAAGGUUGACAAUCUAGACUUCUGGGAUAAUUCUGACCAUGGAGAUAACUACUAUGACUACUCGUACUCAUAACCAUAGGCACCUUCUUCACUUCACUGUAGUUUCAACAGAUCCUCUCAGAUCUGCUCUGUUUGGUGCAUAUCAAUUGUAGUACACUGUACAAGGUAAUGAUUGGAAUAAGUUCAUAUAUUAAAUAUAUAUUCAUAUUUAUAAGAAUAGUAACAAUUUUAAUUGUCACUGUCCAAUUAAAUCUGUAAUUAGACUUUCUGAAUGCUAGAUAAGAUGCCAUUUUAAUUGUAUUAAACCACUAUAUUCAAGGAUAGAAGCAUGAAUUGCAACAAAUACAAAUAUUGUUUUGAUGACCCCUUCUUCAAA